GGAGCUGAUGUUUUUUGCAUGUUGCACAUGCGCAUGCGCAUCGUAGGCCGGACUCGUGCUUGUUUUCCGAGCUUCGCGUCUUCGUGCUUUGUCGUCUCCCUCCGUAGCUAGUUGUUGCUCGUCUGAGGUCUGGACGAUGAUUGACAAUAAUGGCGACGCGUUUAUUCUGAGUUGACUCCAGGGAACCAUCUCUGGCUGACAAAGGGGAACAUCUUGGAUGGAUUUUGAGCCCCGUGCACAUCAACAAGGAUAAACAACUCCCUUUAAGGACUACAUUUGCCUCAACGAGAAGGACUUGCUAGCCAGGAGAGGUUUAUUUCGCUAGCAUUGCGUUAGCUAGCAACUCGGCUCGCUAGCUUGCUAAGUUGAAGAGGUGGCAUUCUUGUGUGUGGAGAGGAGGAGAGGGGUAGCCAGCAAUGUGGCCACUUAAUGGGCUCAGAGGGUAAUUAGUUUCUCAUUCUCAGAGGCAACACUGAAGAGGCUCACGGUUAGCUUGUGAGAAAAGAUUUUGGUGGCUCCUUAGGUGGCUAACUUAGCUUGCAGGCUAUCUUUGUGGAUUGUUCCAGUGUCUUUCCUGUUAGGACUUGCUCUCACUUGGCGUUUGGAAACUGUCCACCAGUGCACCGAAAGCUGGCUAGCAUAUAGUGCUAGCUUGCUAACUUCUAAGGGUUUACUGUGGCAUUUUGAGAUCUUUUCUUAAAUGACCACCGGCAGAAAUAACCGGGCGAUGAUGGAAGGAGUCGGAGCCAGAGUGGUCCGCGGACCCGACUGGAAGUGGGGGAAGCAGGAUGGAGGAGAGGGACAUGUUGGCACCGUCAGGAGUUUUGAAAGUCCAGAAGAGGUGGUGGUUGUCUGGGAUAAUGGGACGGCUGCUAACUACCGUUGUUCUGGGGCAUACGACGUGAGGAUAUUAGACAGUGCUCCGACAGGCAUCAAGCAUGAUGGAACCAUGUGUGACACCUGUCGUCAACAACCCAUCAUUGGUAUUCGCUGGAAAUGUGCUGAGUGCACCAAUUACGACCUCUGCACAACCUGUUACCAUGGAGACAAGCACCACCUGAGACAUCGGUUCUACAGGAUCACCACCCCAGGGAGUGAGAGAGUACUUCUGGAGUCACGUCGCAAGUCAAAGAAAAUCACAGCCAGAGGGAUCUUCACUGGCGGACGGGUGGUGAGAGGAGUGGACUGGCAGUGGGAAGAUCAGGACGGAGGCAACGGGAGGAGAGGAAAGGUGACAGAGAUCCAGGACUGGAGUGCAGCCAGCCCUCACAGCGCUGCCUACGUACUGUGGGACAAUGGGGCCAAGAACCUGUACAGAGUUGGCUUUGAGGGAAUGUCGGAUCUGAAAUGCGUUCAGGAUGCCAAAGGAGGCUCGUUUUACAGAGACCACUGUCCCGUUUUAGGUGAGCAGAAUGGCAACAGAAAUCCUGGCGGUCUUCAGAUUGGAGACCUGGUCAACAUCGACCUGGACCUAGAGAUCGUCCAGUCCCUCCAACACGGUCACGGGGGAUGGACCGAUGGCAUGUUCGAGACCCUCACCACCACCGGCACAGUAUGUGGCAUCGAUGAAGAUCACGACAUUGUGGUUCAGUACCCCAGUGGGAACAGGUGGACAUUCAACCCAGCAGUGCUCACAAAGGCAAAUGUAGUGCGUAGUGGUGAAGUGGCAGCUGGGGCAGAAGGAGGCAGUUCCCAGUUCCUAGUGGGAGACCUGGUCCAGAUCUGCUAUGACAUCGACCGCAUCAAGCUCCUACAACGAGGUCAUGGAGAGUGGGCUGAGGCGAUGUUGCCUACCCUUGGCAAGGUGGGCCGUGUGCAGCAGAUCUACUCCGACAGUGACCUCAAGGUUGAAGUUUGUGGAACCUCUUGGACGUACAACCCAGCCGCUGUCACCAAGAUUGCUCCCUCUGGGUCUGCUGUUAGCAACGCCUCUGGAGAGCGCCUUUCUCAGUUGCUGAAGAAGCUAUUUGAGACGCAGGAGUCCGGUGAUAUCAACGAGGAGCUGGUCAAGGCAGCAGCCAACGGAGACCUGGCCAAGGUGGAGGAUAUUCUAAAGAGACCUGAUGUGGAUGUGAACGGGCAGUGUGCAGGACACACCGCUAUGCAGGCAGCCAGUCAGAAUGGUCACGUGGAUGUACUAAAGCUGCUGCUUAAACACAACGUGGACCUGGAGGCUGAGGACAAAGAUGGAGACCGGGCGGUGCACCAUGCAGCCUUUGGUGAUGAGGGCUCUGUCAUUGAGGUGCUGCAAAGGGGCGGUGCUGACUUGAAUGCCAGGAACAAGCGAAGGCAGACUCCAUUACACAUAGCUGUCAACAAGGGCCACCUGCAGGUGGUCAAAACCCUGCUGGACUUUGGCUGCCACCCAAGCCUCCAGGAUUCAGAGGGGGACACACCCCUGCACGACGCUAUCAGCAAGAAAAGAGAUGACAUGCUGUCAGUGCUGCUGGAGGCUGGUGCUGACGUCACCAUCACCAACAAUAAUGGGUUCAACGCCUUGCAUCACGCUGCCCUGCGAGGAAACCCCAGUGCCAUGCGUGUGCUGCUAUCCAAACUGCCAAGGCCCUGGAUUGUAGAUGAGAAAAAAGAUGACGGUUACACCGCACUGCACCUGGCUGCCCUCAACAAUCAUGUGGAGGUGGCUGAGCUGUUGGUCCACCAGGGCAACGCCAGCUUAGACAUCCAGAACGUCAACCAGCAGACAGCCUUACACCUGGCGGUUGAGCGUCAACAUACCCAGAUAGUCCGGUUGCUGGUGCGGGCAGAGGCCAAGCUUGAUGUGCAGGACAAGGACGGGGACACACCGCUCCACGAGGCACUGCGUCACCACACACUGUCCCAAUUGCGACAACUCCAAGAUAUGCAGGAUGUCAGCAAAGUAGAGCCCUGGGAACCCUCCAAGAACACAUUAAUCAUGGGCUUGGGCACCCAGGGGGCAGAAAAGAAGAGUGCAGCAUCCAUCGCCUGCUUCCUGGCUGCCAACGGAGCGGACUUGACCAUUCGUAACAAGAAGGGCCAGUCCCCUCUAGACCUGUGUCCUGACCCCAGCCUCUGCAAGGCUCUGGCCAAAUGCCACAAAGAGAAGAGCAGUGGCCAGGUGGGCACCCGCAGCCCGUCUCUGAACAGCAACAUCGAGUCGCUGGAGGAGUGUAUGGUGUGUUCAGACAUGAAGAGAGACACUCUGUUCGGGCCCUGCGGACAUAUCGCCACCUGCUCCCUCUGCUCACCACGUGUCAAGAAAUGUCUCAUCUGCAAAGAUCAGGUCCAGUCAAGAACUAAGAUUGAGGAGUGCGUAGUCUGCUCUGACAAAAAGGCAGCAGUGUUGUUCCAGCCCUGUGGUCACAUGUGCGCUUGUGAGAACUGUGCCAGCCUCAUGAAGAAGUGCGUACAGUGCCGGGCUGUGGUGGAACGCCGCACCCCCUUCGUUCUUUGCUGCGGAGGGAAAGGUAUGGAGGAUGAUGCCGCUGAUGAUGAGAAUGAUGAUGAUGAUGAUGAUGAUGAUGAUGACCUUACAGGGAGCUCUAACACUAUGGCAGGGGGAUCGCAGGAUCUUCUCCAGCCCAACAAUCUGGCACUAAGUUGGUCUAGCGGAAACAUUCCAGCCCUGCAGAGAGACAAAGACAACACCAACGUCAACGCUGAUGUACAGAAGCUACAGCAACAGCUUCAGGACAUCAAGGAACAGACCAUGUGUCCGGUGUGCCUGGACCGGCUGAAGAACAUGAUCUUCAUGUGCGGCCAUGGCACCUGCCAGCUGUGCGGGGACCGAAUGAGCGAGUGCCCCAUCUGCCGCAAGGCCAUUGAGCGCCGCAUCCUCCUCUACUAGAGAUCCCAAGACUUUUUUUUUUUCUUCUCUCUCUCUCUCUUUAAGCCCACCCUGACCACGCUCGCAAUGCCACAACCACACCAGCUGCUGCUGCUGCUGCUCGACCAUCCUCACAGCACCCGAGCCAGCCAGCCAAGGGCGUCCUCAGAUGUCUUAUUCUACACAACAAAUGCUCUCUUAAUGGUUUGAUUGUGCUCUGAUGGAAUUUCUGUUACAAAACAAGGAAAAAAAAAAAAACGAAUUGACUUUUAUUCUGCGGUUCUGUCAUCACGUGUCCUAACUGCAGCCAGAAAGAUGCUUGUUUCACGGACGUCGCCUUUUUCUUGUUGUGUCAUUCACUCUCUGCCUCUUUUCCACCAUCCCCUCUUCAUCCUUCUCUUUCUGUACUGCUUUCUCUGUUUUUACUUGAUAUGUGAAACUUCUUUCCUCUCUUUGAGUCGGAGGUGGCUCCUUCAGACUCAUGGUCUUGGAUAUGAAAGGGUCCUAUCUCUGGAUCUCACUCUGGAAUCACAGAAAAUUCAGAAGUGUGAGGUGGGAUCUGUUCCCUUUUGUUGUAAAGUUCUCAUAAAUCUGCUGCAGGCCUUCUGAUGCCAGCUGCAGUCACCUUUUAUUGUAAUUGUAAAUCCUUAUGCAAGUGUAUUGGUAUCGGAAGCUCCUGAUGUGGAUUUUAAAUUCUUAAUUUUGUCAUGACAGUAUGGCAAGUUUGUGACACAUUACUGUAUGCACAACUUAAAAGGUUCAGUGAGUGUUUUAGCUUCAUGUCAGUGUUCAGCUUGGCUGUUGUGACUAUACGCUAUAUGCCAACUGUCCUUGCAGCAGAAGACCAGAUGUUGGCAGUUUUGCACUAGCACAUGUCCUGAGGUGGGAUAAGAAAAGCUGAGUCAGGGUAAAAGCGCUUUUUCCGCACUGACUUUGGAGGUCCACUUCAGCUCAGCGAUAAAACAAAGAUAAGAGUAGUCUGACUGCCAGGUAGCAAGCCACACCCGUACUUUAUUUACCAAGCUGUACCGAGAACGACAGCAGUGUUGCAACACCUUUUUGGCUGCGGAUACCAGAGCGGCCAGUCAAGCAUUCAAGACAAACACACAAACUCAUUCAGCUUCUGUCCAGUGAACAACCCUUGUUUGACCUAUUUGUUGUACACACAAACCCACACGAUGCAAACAUUUAUGAGUAUCUCGUCACGAAUUGAUGUAAAACUGUUUCAAGACUUGGUGGUAUUGUCUGACAAAAAAAAAAAAACUGUACAAUUCAAUUAGCAUUGCUAAUUUACCAUUUAUGACUCUGUGCCAUUUGCUUCCAAAAAUCUACUUGUUAAAUAACUUGUAUGGGGAUAAGGUGCUCUUUAUCUUGUAUUACCUUUUUUUUUUUUUUUUUUUUUUUAAUUUAAGUGUAUUUCCUUUCUCAAAAUCAGCAUUUAUUGAGCUAGAGAGUACAAUCUAUUAGAACACUAAGACGAAAAAUGUAGAUUAAAUUAUUUUGUAUUGCUGCCCAAAAAAAAUAGGAUUUAUAGGUAUCACUGCCUUCCUAAUAUGUAGCCUCAAAAUCUCUCAAACAUUCUGCUUUAAUAUUAAUGUUGAGAUACAUUUGUGAUGUUUUGCGUUUGCUUCUUUCUGUUUGUUUUGCAAUAGCUUUCUAGCAAUCAUCGGUAGAAGCGUUUUUUUUUUUUUCUUUCUCUGAAAUAGGUCUCUGUAAGCCUAACUUGUUAAUUUGUGAAACGGGAAAAAAAAGACAUUUUGUUGUCAAAAGUGUCGAGUAUCUUUCCACCAGUGUUUCUUUGGGAGGAAAGCUAAUGGUUUUUAAGACAGAACUUGCCUUACCUCUUUUAAAAGGCAGUUGCCCAUGUAGAGACUCGGCAAGGUGGCCAGCUCGCUCCGCUAUGUGGGAAUGUGCAACCGCAUACAAGCAUCUCUCUUUUUUUUUUUUGUUGUUUUUUUUUUUUUGUUUUUGUUCUUUUCAGGACUGAAAGUGACUUUUUUUGCGUACAGUUUUGACUCUUUUCACUGAUCAUGAUAACACUAAAAGCUAGAAGCACUAAUACGCUUUAUGGUAGUGUUGUCUUGUUAUGGUUGUUAUGAAAAAGCCUAUUUUGUACUUUAUUUUGUAACUGUCCUGUUGGAAAUGUAUCAGUAGUAUUUUCUUUGGCAUGAAUGUUUGACAUGCAGUACGACAUGUAUCAUGAAAACCGUUCAGUCUGUAUUGCUAAUAAGUGCUUUUAAAACAACCAUAUAGCUGAAAUAAAGUUCCAAAUGAACCAUGGGA